GCGAGUGUGUGACUGCCUUUAGCCUUAAUAUUAACCCGCGGCUCGCGUCGGUCGCACGCGGUGUAGGGACGUUGCGUGUAAUGUUUAGGACGUUUCGAAAAUGGAAGUAAGUGCAAUGCCGCCUAUGCCUUUGGACUUUUCAAUGGUGCGUAGUGGUGCUACGUCGCCUAGAGGUCUACGGGAAAAUUCGCCGAGGCCGGUGUCGAAUAGCGCUUUCAGAGUUGUCACGCCGAAAGGUGUAUCAGCAAGUGAAGCCCUAAGAAACGGUCUCUGUCACUCACUUUGGGCGCCGGCUACGCGCCCCGAACCUUCUCCGCACCAGCAGAUAGAUUCCUAUACUGUUAGAGACGAUAUCAAAUUCGGCAUAAACCGGCUAGUAGGCGAAAGGACAGACGAAGAAGACAACGAAUCACAUAACAACGAGACCUCAAGAGCCGAAGACGUUUCCCCCACAUCCAGAUGCGGUAGCCCCUGCUGGGCACCAUCCUCACAUUCCCCCAGAUCCAUACGCUCAACAUCCCCAGAACUAGAAGUCGACUCCCCUCCAUCGUCCCCUAGAAGGCUCCCAGAUUCAUCCCCACCUUUAAAACGCUCCGAAGCUUUUUCCGUCAGUGCGUUAUUACGACCAGAUGCCCCAAAAGUGCAACCUCAAAGACCAUUUCUGUACCCAACUUUACCAUUUACGGAAUUCUUAAGAGACGGCGGUCUUGGUUUACCAGGAUGGGGGAGUUACAGCAACUUAUACCUUCAUGCAGUGCAGGCUGCAGGACCAGAACUGUUAAGAUUAAGAGCAGCUGUUCUUGGAGCUCCAAGUCCUUUGUCCAGACCAUUGCCGAUAGGAGAUGUUUACUCGUGUGUAAAGUGUGAGAAGAUGUUCAGUACUCCGCAUGGAUUGGAGGUACAUGCGAGGAGAUCUCAUAACGGGAAGAGGCCGUUUGCCUGUGAACUGUGCAGUAAGACUUUUGGACACGAAAUCAGCCUUAGUCAACAUCGGGCUGUCCACAGCGUAGAGAAAGUGUUCGAAUGCAAGCAGUGUGGCAAGACGUUUAAGCGUUCCAGUACGCUGUCCACCCACCUGCUGAUCCACUCGGACACCAGGCCGUACCCUUGCCAGUACUGCGGGAAACGGUUCCACCAGAAGUCUGAUAUGAAGAAACACACAUAUAUACAUACUGGUGAAAAACCACAUAAAUGCCAAGUAUGCGGUAAGGCCUUUAGUCAGAGCUCCAAUCUCAUCACCCACUCACGCAAGCACACCGGCUUCAAACCGUUCGCCUGCGAGUUGUGUGGACGAGCCUUCCAGAGGAAAGUGGACUUGAGACGGCAUCGAGAGACGCAACACGCAGACUUGAGACCCCCACAGCACAUGCAACCCCCGCAUACGGACGUGCAUGGAAUGCACCCCCCUGACAUGCAUGUUGGAGAUCGAAUAGAUAUGCGUCCCCCACAUCCCGAUCUUCGGCAGCCUGAUUUUAGAAUGUCCAAUGCGGUGCCCCCUCUCCAACCUCUACCCUCCUGAACUUCAACCGCCUUCGCGCCUUGGCGCUGAGGCAUCACCCAUCUAUUGUAAGUGAUAUAACAUGACCUAGGUCUCUAUGGCAUUAAAGUCAUAGAUAAAAGUGAUUUUUGGCCUGUAAUGAUUGCUAUUAAUUUAAGAACUGUCAAGUUAUAUUUCAAAACUAAUCACCUUAGAUUAAUAAACUAUCAAAAUUACGAUUUGAAUCGUGAAUUGUUUAUUAGUCAAAAUACCAAACGUAAUACCAAAGACACUUGUGAUUUAAUAUACUUUUAAGUUAUGCCAAGAAUUUUUUAAUUAGUAUUUUAAAAAAGUGUAACGAUUGUGUAAAUUCUACAAAACUAGUGUAAUCUUCAUAAAUAUUUUAUUUUCAGUUAUAAAUUAAACCAAAUUUUAUAUUGUCUGCAUAAUUUCAAAGUACGAUUAAGUAAAGGUAGGAGGUAUACCUUCUCUUACUAAAUAUAGCUACCUUACCAAAGACUUAAUAGUCUUAAAAUAUCCUUCUAGGGAUUAUUCUUUAUUUUCCAAGUGUAGAUAUUAUGUAAAUGAUGAAGAAAAUCAUAAGUUAUUGUACAACUUCAGUUGUUGAUCUCAGUUGCUGUGUUAACGCAUCGACAGUAAUAUUUAAUGUUUUAUUCGAACUGAUCAUUCAAAAAUAAAGACAUUUGGCUUGAUUAGAGAUGUAACAACAAUGUAAUAAUUAGUUCAUUUAAUGCAGUUAUUUAAAAUUAUAAUGAAAUUUGUGUUAAUUUCCAUACAUUGUCUCUUGUUUUUGUUUCACAUUUACUUAAGUACCAUAUUAUUGUUUAUUAGCAUUCCGAAAGAAGAUUAGGUAUUAACUAUUACAGAUGUAAUAAAAACUGGCAAGAAUUCCAAUCCAAAGACAGAUUUACUUAAUAAUUUAUUAAAUACUAGAUUAUUCCUUAAUAAUCAUUCCAAAGAAUAAAAAAGAAUAUUUUUCCGUUGGUUAAGAAAAAUUUAGUUUUGUUGUUAUUUUUGAAAUAUUUUGUAAAUAUACAAGAUUUUAUGACUCAAUGCACUUAGGAAAACGUUAUAGUAAGUCAAUUUAAUAUUGUUUUUGCAUAUCACCCUAACGAAUAUACGUCACUAAAAUUAAUAUCUGUUAUGUACACAAAGUAAAUGUAAAUAAUAAUUAAAAUAUUGUAGACAUAAAUUAUAUCACGAUAUAAUUGUAAAAUAUUUGUCACAAAGCCUAAUUAUUUGAUCAAAGAAUUUUAUAUUUAAAGCUUGUGUAACAUUAUUAUUGGUGCCAUGAAUAAACAUUUAAGGCAAAACAAUUUUAAAUUAAAUGUAACUGUAAUAAAAAUGCAGAACAUGCUUGUGAAUAAACAGAUUUAUAAAUUACGCUGCAUCUGUGUGAGCUAUACCUAUUAUAGUGAAUAUUGUGAAAUCCCUUAGGCCAAAAAAGUAUAGAUAGGCAAUUUCUGUAAAUACAAUAUUUUAAAUAUACUGUUUGAGUUACAUACGUAAAAUUGUAUACGAUAUUCUUUACCUACUACAUAAUAAAUAUUAUAAUUUGUCAAAAAUUCACAAGUCAUUUUAAAAUAAAUACAUUUUGUGACACAAUGUGAAACAUUCAAAAUAAGGCUAUUUUUCGGUUAUGCUUUGUUAUUUAUAUACAAUAUGUUCAAUUAAAAAAUAACUGUACCUACCAAUUUUUGGUUUAUUAGAUAAAUUGUCCAAUAUGUUGGCAAUGUGUUAAUUCUUUUUAAUUUGCUGCUGCAACUCAUUAUCUAUAGACUUUAUAAAACUUCUUACAUUAAUAAGAUUUACAAGUUUUACACAUUUCAAAAUUUGAAUGUUUAUUCCGUAAUUUUCUCAUUGUUUUAGUAUUAAGAUGUUUGUAUGUAAUAUAUUAUGUAUAUUUAGGGUAAAAUAUAUUUAAUGUGUCAAGAUUUUAAAACAAAUUUAGUACAAUGUUAUUGUGUAACGUCUGUAAAUAAUGUAAAAAUUAGUGUAAACAAAACCCUAAGACGAACGUGCAAUCCUAAUGUCAUUAAAACUUUUAUUGUUUAAGCAACUGUCACUUAAAUAUAUAAUGAUGUAUUUUA